AGCAAAGAGAUGAUAUAUUAAUGGAUGGCAGUAUCGCUCUCCCUCCUCUGUUUUCUACUAACUGUUCACAUUGAGUCAGCCAUCAAACUUCCUCUACGAGGGAGUAUUCAAGAUCCUGACAACAACAGGGUGUGGAAGAGAGAGACAGAUGUGCAGGUUACAGGGAGACCCGAACAAGGAUACUUCAUAGACAUAUUCCUAGGAAGUCCUGCCCAGAAGUUUAGUGUAGUGGUCGACACUGGCAGCUCAAACUUUGCAAUUGCGGGGUCUGCUGAUGUGGGGAUUGAUAAAUACUUCAUCAGUGAACAGUCUACUUCAUUCAAAGGAAGUCCUGAUAAAAGUAUAAAAGUUCAGUACUUUAAUGGCACUUGGCAGGGAUACUUCGCUAGUGAUAUCUUUAUGUUCUGUGAAACCUGUGGUAGUGGCAGUGUCGAUGUCGCUCUGAUAACAUCUUCCUCCAACUUCUUUGUUUCGCCUACAUUAUGGCAGGGAAUUCUGGGUCUCGGCUACAAAAGACUCAUGCAGCCUGAGCCGAGUACAGCUGAUACCGUACUAGACAGUCUGUCUGCUAAAGGUGCAGUGAGCCAAGUGUUCAGUAUUGAGCUAUGUGGACGAAGAGACCAGAACACUACAAAACUUGACGGGUUACUCGAAUUAAAUGCUACAGCAGAUGAAAGUUACCAGUACACAGAUCUGGUUAGGGAGUGGUAUUAUCAGAUAGAACUAACUGAUCUCACUGUUAACGGAACUGCAAUUGUUGAGGAGUGCUUUGAGCUAAACAAACCGCAUGCGAUACUAGACAGCGGCACAACUAAUCUUCUCCUGCCAACAGUUGUGUAUUUCAAGGUCCUGGCGGCUAUUGAGUCAUUUUCGUACAUCGCAGCUAAUGGUUCGAAGAAUGGAGUGACUCACGCUGACAUUAACAAAUUCAUUGUACGAGAGAAUUUCCUUUGCAAAGAGGACCUACAGUCUGUCAUAUUCACGUGGUUCCCAGAAAUUGUGGUGAACGUAGCUUACAAUAAGACUCACCAGUUCGCGGUCAAUAUCCCACCACAGCAAUACGUCAGACAAACUAUGGACAGUAUCAACAAACAGGGGCAGAUGAGUGAUAAAACUAAGUGCUAUAUGUUUGGAGUGCAGAAGAGUGAAGCUGGUACGAUACUGGGUGCAGCUUUUCUAGAACGACUUACUGUUCUGCACGACAGAAUUACCGGAAGAGUAGGGUUCAAGAUAGCUACCAGUUGUCAGGUUUCGGAUCCAGUGUUCGAAAAGACCAUGUCAGGUCCUAAUUUGAGAACCGACGAAGGUGCGUCGUCCUGUCUGGAGUCAGGUGAAGCCCCCGCAUGGCUAGUGUCAGUUAUCGCCCUCUCCGUAGGAGCAGCAAUCGUGCUGUCUGUAAGUCUUUGGUAUUUGUGGAAAAGUCGUCACAAUAUCUGUAAAUGCGGGAGCAAGAGUGAGGAGGGGCGGGUAACAGAAUGCCGCGCAGAGAAACGUGUAUCUGUGGCAGCUGUCGGUAAUAAGGCACGGAGAAUGUCAAAUGUGGACAGUGGGAACACUAACAGUAUUCUUGCGGGGCUGCAAGGAGGGGAGGAUGAUGUUGGGGGUGGUAGUAUGGAUGUUAUCGAGGAGGAUGAGGUGGUUGUUGAUGAGGCGAGUGGUGGGCUGUGUGAUGAGAUUCCUGAUUAUGGGGUAAAUACUGUAGUGUUGGAGUCUCUAACCGGGCGGGAUGUUGAGGGUACUGGAGCUGGUCAGGUUGGAGUGGUUAAUUCUGAUGAAGAAGAUAUGGGGUAUGAGAGUCAUGAAACAUUAGAGGAUCAGAAUGAUGGGGAGAAUGAUCAUGGUGGUGUUAUUGUCAAUAAGGAUGAUCAGGAGAAUGCAGAAGAGAAGGAAACGGUGGAGGAGGAGCUUGAAAAGGAGGAGGAAGUGAAGGAUGUGUCAGAGAAGGAGGAGGAUGUGUCAGAGAAGGAGGAGGAUGUUGAGAGUUAUGAGGAAACACAGGAGAAUGGAGAAUCAAAUGUAGAAACAUUACCGUUAGAUCAACAACAGCAAGAUCAUGAUCAUGUAAAAGAACCGGAAGAGAUGGGAUAUGACUCGCAGCAGAACGAUCAACAGAAGGAAAAUGAAGUGGAAUCGGUUGUCAAGGCAGCAGAAGAAAAUGAGUUGGAAUCGGCUACCAUGACAACUGAAGAAAACGAGUUGGAAUCGGUUGCCAAGGCAGCAGAAGAAAACGAGUUGGAAUCGGCUACCAUGACAACGGAAGAAAAUGAGUUGGAAUCGGUUACCAAGGCAGCAGAAGAAAAUGAGUUGGAAUCUGCUACCAUGACAACAGAAGAAAAUGAGUUGGAAUCGGUUACUAAGGCAGCAGAAGAAAAUAAGUUGGAAUCGGCUACCAUGACAACGGAAGAAAAUGAGUUGGAAUCGGUUACCAAGGCAGCAGAAGAAAAUAAGUUGGAAUCGGCUACCAUGACAACGGAAGAAAAUGAGUUGGAAUCGGUUACCAAGGCAGCAGAAGAAAAUAAGUUGGAAUCGGCUACCAUGACAACUGAAGAAAACGAGUUGGAAUCGGUUGCCAAGGCAGCAGAAGAAAACGAGUUGGAAUCGGCUACCAUGACAACGGAAGAAAAUGAGUUGGAAUCGGUUACCAAGGCAGCAGAAGAAAAUGAGUUGGAAUCUGCUACCAUGACAACAGAAGAAAAUGAGUUGGAAUCGGUUACCAAGGCAGCAGAAGAAAAUAAGUUGGAAUCGGCUACCAUGACAACGGAAGAAAAUGAGUUGGAAUCGGUUACCAAGGCAGCAGAAGAAAAUAAGUUGGAAUCGGCUACCAUGACAACGGAAGAAAAUGAGUUGGAAUCGGUUACCAAGGCAGCAGAAGAAAAUGAGUUGGAAUCGGCUACCAUGACAACGGAAGAAAAUGAGUUGGAAUCGGUUACCAAGGCAGCAGAAGAAAAUGAGUUGGAAUCUGCUACCAUGACAACAGAAGGAAACGAGUUGGGAUCGGUUGGCAAGGCAGCAAAAGAAAAUGAGUUGGAAUCGGCAGCCAUAACAACGGAAGAAAAUGAGUCAGAAUCAAUUUCUAAAGCAACGGAAGAGAAUGCGUUGGAAUCGGUAAUUAUAGAAACAGAAGAGAAUGAAUUAAAGUCGAUAACCAUAGAAAGAGGAAGAAAAGAGUCCAAUUCGGAAGAGCGAGCUGUGUUAGCAGCACUAGCUGACUCCGUGAGAGGAACAGAAGACAGCAGUACUGAGGAGUGGGACUCGGACUCCGCGGAAUCCCAGUCAGAGGAGAAAUCGAAGUCCAUCGAGGACUCUGAUUCGGACGACAAUACAUUUGUGAGAGUUGGUAAUAAUAGUGAUAUUGCAACCGAAAAAUUAGAGUGUGAUCUGGAUAAUGUUGAGGUACAAUCACCGAACAACUUCACUGGUGAUGAAAAUGAUGACAUACCUAUUGAUUGGAAUGAUUGACAAGAGUUUCCUUCUACAUACGAUACACACUUCACGCGAUGUUUACAUUUUAUAGCAUGUUAAAUAUCAGAAGUGCCUCAGAAGAGCUCACUGAUAAAGUUCUAAUAUUAUUUUAUUUUUAGCUUCACUUUCGUUUCACCAGACUUAGAAGGUAGAUGUACGCUUGAAGCUGCUUAGUAUAUCUAGUAAAACUGGGCAGUAAAUAUACGACUCUAAAUUUGAUUUCAAUUUGGUUGCAUGUGCAGUGUUUUUUUUUGCUAUUUUUACGAUUUGUUAUUGUAAAUUUCACUCCAUUUUUAAUUUGAGAUGAUUGGGCUCAAAGGGGGUUUUUGAAGUUGCCCUAUUUCAAUUCUGAAUUGCUGUAUUAUAUGAAACAUUCAAAUCUCCAUAAAUUA